AUGGCCAUCAAUGGAAUGUGGGCAGGGUGUCUGCAUUCAGUUAAAAUAAGGAUCACACAGAAUCAGACUGCUGGGGUGAGCUUCAUCCUCCUGGGCUUCUCGGAAUAUCCAGACCUCCAAGUGCCACUCUUCCUGGUUUUCCUCACCAUCUACACCAUCACUGUGCUGGGCAACCUGGGCAUGAUAACCAUCAUCAGACUCAAUCCCAAGCUCCACACCCCCAUGUACUUUUUCCUCAGUCACUUGUCCUUGGUGGAUUUCUGCUACUCUUCUGUGAUCACCCCCAAGCUCCUGGAGAACCUGCUUGUGGAGGACAGAAGCAUCUCCUUUGCAGGCUGUAUCAGCCAGUUCUUUUUAGCAUGUGUCUGUGCAAUAACGGAAACCAUCAUGCUGGCAGCCAUGGCUUAUGACCGAUUUGUGGCUGUUUGUAACCCUCUCCUCUAUACAGUGGUCAUGUCCCCAAAGAUUUGUUCCUUGUUGGUGGCUGCCUCCUACUUUUGGGGUAUUUGGUGGUCUUUUGUAUUCGUAUACUUUUUGUUAACUUUGAAUUUCUGUGGGACAAAGGUUAUAAACAACUUUCUCUGUGAGCAUUCUGCCAUUGUUGCUGUGUCCUGCUCGGACCCUUCUGUAAGUCAAUUGUCUAUUGUGAUCUUUGCUAUAAUCAAUGAAAUACUCAGUCUAGUGAUUAUUUUUACCUCCUAUGUAUUCAUUUUUGUCACUGUCAUGAGAAUGCCCUCCACUGCUGGGCGCUACAAAGCAUUCUCCACCUGUGCUUCCCACCUCACCGCCAUUGCUAUUUUCCAUGGCCCCAUCCUUUUCCUCUACUGUGUUCCUACCACCAAAAGCUCAUGGUUGUUGGUGAAGAUUGCCUCUAUCUUCUACACCGUGGUAGUCCCUAUGCUGAAUCCACUGAUUUACAGUCUCAGGAACAAAGAUGUGAAGCAGGCAGCCAGGAGGCUAAUCACUUCCCAAUCAAUAUGUCAUCAAAGUUGA